GUUUCGAAACAGCAGCGACAUGGGAAAACUUACGCUUUACGGAAUCGAUGGAAGUCCUCCAGUUCGCUCGGUGCUCCUCACCCUGCACGCCCUGGGUAUAGAUUUCGACUACAAGAUCGUCAAUCUGCUGGAGAAGGAGCAACUGAAGCCGGAGUUCCUCAAGAUGAAUCCCCUGCACACCGUGCCCACUCUGGAUGAUAAUGGUUUCUAUCUGUACGACAGCCAUGCCAUCAAUUCUUAUUUGGUGAGCAAGUACGGCAGAAACGAUAGCCUGUAUCCCAAGGAUCUUAAGAAGCGGGCCAUUGUUGACCAGAGAUUGCACUACGACUCCAGUGUGGUAACCUCCACCGGAAGGGCCAUUACCUUCCCGCUCUUCUGGCAGAACCAGUCGGAGAUUCCCAAGUCCAGGAUCAACGAUCUGGAGGAUGUGUACAAGACCCUCGAUCUUUUCCUGGAAAACGGAGAUUAUUUGGCUGGCGACACCCUCACCAUUGCCGAUUUCCACGUGACCGCCGCCCUUACUGGGUUUUUGGUCUUCCUCCCAGUGGAUGCCACAAAGUAUCCUAGGCUAGCCGCCUGGGUUAAGCGUAUUAAGGCUCUUCCCUACUACGAGGAGGCCAACGGUUCUCGAGCGGCCCAGAUCAUCGAGUUCAUCAAGAGCAAGAACUUCACUAUUGUUUAGAACCUGUUAAAAACUCAAAAGAAAUUGUUAAAAAAUAUAUUUAUUGAACACAA